AUGCCUUCUUCACGUAACGGAUCAUCCCAAAUAUUUGGGAUUUGGUUUACGGAGUCUUGUGGAACGACGUGGCCUAUCAGUUAUUCAAUUGGGAACCUGUUUUUGACGACAUAUAGCAUGUACAACCCAGUUGGAAAAGAUAUAGACUUAUCUGAGUUGGGUUAUCUAUUGAUACUAGCAACAAAAAGUGCCCCUAAUGAUCCCCAGAUUGUUCUGCAAGGCUUUAAAACGAUGACAGAGCAACUCAACCAUCUUGUAGAAAUGGUGUCAAAAGGGAAUGCAGAUUUAUUUGUUUUAAGCAGCUUGAUCAAUACCUUGGAUGCAAAUGAAGAUUUUGGGUGGGGAAAGGGGACGCUGCUUGGCAUUCCAGGGAUUGAUAGCCAUAAUCGAGAGUUAUGCAACAGUUUCUUUAUUAAAAACGCUAGGCAGCACAACGCCAUUGAAGUAUGGGUUACUGUACCCGAGAAAGAGAUAGAUUUUCUUGAACGGGAUCCAGAGUUCCUCGCAUUUGCUUCUCCAAAUUCUUACUUUGAUAGAAGUAAGAUCUAA